GUUGCUGUCGGCUAGGAGGGCGGACUCUCCGGGCCCUGCUCCCGUUUCGUGCCGCUGCUCCCUGUGGCUCGCCCUGGGACCUACUGCCCCACAGACUCCCGCUCCUGCAUGUCCUACCCGACCCCUCCCUUCCUAAAGGAGCUCUCGAGGGUCCCGAUACACGGAAGCCUGGUCUGCCCCGCGCAGCCUCCCCCAUCCCCAGCAUGGCCGUCCUGGUCUCUGGCAUCUUUUGUUGAAAAAGGGAGAGAACGUCAGGCUCACACAAGGCAGGAUUGAGCAGUGGUGGCUGAAGAAAGAGCGGCAGCUUGAAUUUCAGUUUUCUUAUGAGGAAUUUUCCAGAAAAGGUAUCUUCACUGUGAAAUAGGGUGUUUUAAAACAACACUGGAACCCUGAAAACAAACGGUCUUAACAUCUGAUGAAUCACUCUUACUAAAGAUGGUUUAUUGAGACAGGGAAAGAAGUAGAAACAGGUAUUUCAUCUUAUCAGUUACUGAAUUAUGAAGAUGAAUCAGACGUUUCACUCUAUGGAAGGCGAGGCAACCAUAUUGUGAACGACGUUGGGAUUAACGUUACUGGAUCAGAUUCAAUUGCAGUAAAAGCUUCCUUUGGUGUAGUAACCAAACAUGAAGUGGAAGUAUCAACAUUACUCAAGGAAAUUACUACGCGAAAAAUUAAUUUUGACCACAGUUUGAUACGUCAGUCAAGGAGCAGCAGAAAGGCAGUAUUGUGUGUGGUCAUGGAAAGCAUCCGAACCACACGACAGUGCUCACUGUCUGUGCACGCUGGAAUUCGUGGGGAAGCCAUGAGGUUUCAUUUUAUGGAUGAACAGAAUCCCAAGGGAAGGGACAAAGCUAUUGUUUUUCCAGCACACACAACCAUAGCUUUCAGUGUUUUCGAACUCUUCAUUUACUUGGAUGGUGCCUUUGACCUUUGUGUCACUUCAGUGUCAAAAGGAGGAUUUGAAAGGGAAGAAACGGCAACAUUUGCACUGCUCUACAGAUUGAGAAAUAUACUGUUUGAAAGAAAUAGAAGAGUGAUGGAUGCCAUUUCUCGUUCACAGCUUUACUUAGAUGAUCUUUUUUCUGACUAUUAUGACAAACCUCUCAGCAUGAGUGAUAUUUCACUCAAAGAAGGGACUCAUAUCCGAGUUAAUUUACUUAAUCACAACAUUCCAAAAGGGCCUUGCAUACUCUGUGGCAUGGGGAACUUUAAAAGGGAGACGGUUUAUGGGUGCUUUCAGUGUUCUGUCGAUGGGCAGAAGUAUGUGAGACUUCAUGCAGUUCCUUGUUUUGAUGUUUGGCACAAGAGAAUGAAAUAAAAUGGAAAAUCAA